AGAUGGCAGCGCCCAUGGCAUUUUCUCGAGCAAAGAAAACGCACUUGGAAAAUCAAGAUCUGAGCAAGAAAGGAAGCUUGGAUGAAGAAAUCGUCGGUUUGAUUAAUUACAUAAAUGACACAGAAUACCUCUGCACGACGAGUUCCUGUUCCGGUCGCGUUAUAAUCGUUUGUGAGGAUGAUGGCGAGGUUAUCAAAAAGAAAGGUUGCCAUUGGCUGUAUGUUUCACAUAAGAUGACAGAUCUUGAUUCUGUUGAAAAUUCACUGAAAGAUCUCAAAGGCAGGGCUGUCUUUAAGUUUGAGCCUUUCAUACUCCAUGUCCAAUGUCGCACACUAGAAGAUGCUAAACUUGUGCACAUGGUGGCAGUGGAGUCUGGAUUCAGGAACUCUGGUAUCACGAUCGGUAGAACUGGCAAGGUCAUGGUGGUAUGCUACAUACUGGCAGUGAGAAGCACCCAUGGCUUGGAGGUACCUCUGUCCGACGGGGUUCAGUUACUGGUCUCUUCCCAGUAUCUCGCCUUCUUGGUAGAACAGGCUAAUUCCAAACUUUGGGAGAAUUCCAAACGGAUUGAAAGGUUUUACACCAGUUUGGUGAAGCGACUGGAAAACUACAAACCUGGCUCUUUGCCUGGUGCACAUGACAAUUUAUGCAAGAAGUGCUGCAAAGCAUAUGCAAAGAGGGAGGUGCAUAAGUCGGCACAGGACACCAGUGCAAUGGAUACCAGCUCAGUUGAACCAAUGAAAUUUGAGCACAGACAUUUCAAGAACAGCAGAAGGAGGGACUUGAUGAGUGAGCUUCAACUAGGUGUACAGAUGCAGAGUAGGGAACCAGUUUCAUCAGUGUUAAGAACUGGGCCCGGAGUCUGGCAAAUAGAUCAUGCGGACACCAGUGAAAGGACCACUGCAGUUCAUGAAUGCGAGAAACUGGUAACACCUGAAAUGGGCACUGGUGAUGAUGUUAUAUUCCAACCUGAUUUGUUCACGUGACAUGCACAGCCUCUGCGCAGCAGUAUUCGGCCGUCAAAUUAAAACUGAACCCCAGAUCAAAACGUAAUCCCAUAGAGAUGGAGGAAUUCUCCUUGAGAAGAAAAAGCAAACUGUCCAUGGAAACAUUUCAAAGCCACCUAGGCACUGACCAGGAGCAGUCAAAGGGCUAGACAGCUACCAAUCUGAUUUGAUCUCUACUUUGCCAAGGGGAAACUUUUACAUUUAACUGCGAGCGACUCAAGUGACAAAAGUAACAUCACUGACCUGUUGUUGCAAAUACAAAGAUUUCAGUUCGUAAUGUUCUAAUUAAUUACCCAAGUACACAAAUUCGUAAUACACAGGAAUUUCAAUGAGUUAUCCAAAUUGAAGAGAAAUUGACAGAAGGGAAACAAAAGCACACUUGUUAAGUAUUUAAAAAGUUUUAACAUAACUUUAUAAAAAUGUGACCUUACAAAAUUGGGAGAACAAAGUCUGACAUGAAAAGGUAUUUCCAAGAUCUCUCAUCUAAGAAAAUAUAAUUUAUAAGUUAUUCUUUGAACUGUGAAACAUGGACAAGCACAAAGGUAACAACCUGUAACUAAAAUAUAAACUUUCUUUUUUCUAAGUCAACUGCAUUCCUGUUCAAAAACCUAAAUACUUAAGUACCAAGGCAUCCAACGUGUACAUGCAGGCACGAAUGAUGGAAAAGUAUUGCUAGAAAAUUGAGUCAUUUUUAUAAUACUUUGUAGUGAACUUUUUAAAAUUGCAUUUAUGAUAUGGUUUCACUGUGUGUGAGGGGUCACUUUUCAGGUAUUUGAUGUUUAGAACCGGUAACCGCUGAGCCAGCACACAACCUUGUGAAGAUGAAAUUUUAAUUCAUGUAAACAUGGAAAAAAUAAAUAUAUUUGAGUUAAUAAAUAUUU